AUGCCUGCCAUUCUUCAAGGACUCGAGGAUAUGGUGAACGGGUACAAGAUCGAUCCUAACCAGGAGCUCAUCGCCAUCGGCGUGACCAACACCAUCGGCACUCUUCGGCGCAUACCCUGCCACAGGUUCCUUCUCGCACUCCGCCCUGCAGUCCAAGUCCGGCGUGCGCUCGCCCGCGUCCGGCCUCUUCAGCGCCGUCGUCGUCAUCGUCGCGCUCUACGGCCUCACCCCGCGUUCUUCUGGAUCCCAUCCGCCACGCUCUCCGUGGUGAUCGUGCACGCCGUCACGGACCUCGUCGCGUCCCCGCGGCAGAUGUACUCCUUCUGGUGCGUGUCCCUCGUCGAGCUCGUCAUCUGGGUCGGGUCUGUACUCGUCGCCGUGUUCGCAACGAUCGAGGACGGGAUCUCCACGUCCGUUGCCGCGUCGCUCGCGCUGCUCCUCGUGCGCCUCGCGCGCCCGCGCGGGCACUUCCUCGGGCGCGUCACGCUGCACAACACGAACGAGUCCAGCUCGCGCGACGUGUACAUCCCGCUGAGCCCGAACAAGUUCUUGAUGAACGAACAUGUGGUGUAUCCGCCGUCGCCCGGCAUGGUCGUGUAUCGCUUCGAGGAGAGUUUCUUGUACCCGAACUCGUCGCUCGUGAACGACGCGAUCGUGGACUCCGCGAAGGCGCACACGCGCCGCGGGCGCGACACGACUGGGGUCAAGUAUGGGGACCGCCCGUGGAACGACCCGGGCAAGAACAGCGAGGUCGAGGACAACGCUGAGAAGCCGCUGCUGCGCGCCGUCGUGAUGGCGUUUCUCGACAGCUUGCGAGGUCCGUAUGUAAAUGUAGCAUAA